UGUGAUCAGGGCGGCUCCCAGCUGGGAGCAGUCUGGAGGGGCCACACUCCUGUUUUCCUGUUGAUGUUUCUGGGUCAGGUUUUGCAAACAAGUGCAGGGCACAGCCGGGCAUGUGGGAUGUGCAGCAUGGUGCUGCUGUGCUUGGGAACCCCCUUGCAGGCUGCUAUAUGGAUUUUUGGGGUGCAGAGAAGCAUGAGGAAGAGAGGGUGCACGCACCAAGCACAUUUGCUGUAUCCCCCAGGUGCUGCAGUUCAGCUAAAAAGCCAUCAGCUGCCCUGCAGGUGCCUUUCACCCCACAAGAAGUUGCAUUUUGAGGGUGCAAAGGGCAAUGCAAACCCCCAGCCCGGUGCUUUUUCAUCCUGACUCCCCAGCAGCAUCGACCCCCCCCCAGUCUCUCGGUGUUCCCCAGCAGGGCCAUACGGACAGCAUGUCCCCAGCAUGUCCCCAGCUUGUUUACUGCGGCCGCGCGCCUCGAUUGUCACCGCCAUGUGACAGCUGAUACCUUCGGACAGCCGAGCCGACUCCACGUGAUUGCUGGGCUAUGGAUAAAAGCUGCACGAGGGGCUCCGGCUCCAGAACUGAGAUUGCUCUGAGGAGGAGCAGCAGUGCCGUACCAAUGGAUUUCCAGCCCAGCAUCCUACGUGAUGGCAGCCCCAUGGAGAGCCUGGAGAAGCAGCUACUGUGCCCCAUCUGCCUGGAGAUGUUCAGCAAGCCUGUGGUGAUCCUGCCCUGCCAGCAUAACCUCUGCCGCAAGUGUGCCAACGACAUCUUCCAGGCUGCCAACCCAUACUGGCAGAGCCGGGGCAGCAGCAUCAUCUCAGGGGGCCGGUUCCGCUGCCCUACGUGUCGCCAUGAGGUCCUGCUGGACCGCCACGGUGUCUACGGGCUGCAGAGGAACCUGCUGGUGGAGAACAUCAUCGACAUCUACAAGCAGGAGUUCUCCAGCAGGCCGCUCAAGAAGGGGGAGCACCCCAUGUGCAAGGAUCAUGAGGAUGAGAGGAUCAACAUCUACUGCGUCACCUGCGAGGUCCCCACCUGCUCCAUGUGCAAGGUCUUCGGUGCUCACAAGGACUGCGAAGUCGCCCCUCUGCAGAGCAUCUUCCAGGGCCAGAAGAGCGAGCUGAACAACUGCAUUUCCAUGCUAGUAGCGGGGAACGACCGCAUCCAGACCAUCAUUUCCCAGCUGGAAGAUUCCUGCCGCAGCACUGAGGAGAACAGCGAGGCGGCCAAGCAAGAGCUCUGCUCACGUUUUGAUGCGUUUAUGGCUCUGCUGGAGGAGAAGAAGACGGAGCUACUGGGACGCAUCACCCGUGAGCAGGAGGACAAGACAGGCUUUGUGCAGGGCCUCAUCCACAAGUACAAGGAGCAGCUGGAGAAGUCCAGCCGGCUGGUGGAGACGGCCAUCCAGGCCAUGGAGGAGACCGGCGGGGCCGCCUUCCUCAUGAAUGCCAAGCAGCUCAUUAAAACCAUUGUGGAAGCCUCUAAGGGUGGCAAGCUGGAGAAGAUCGAGCAAGGCUAUGAGAGCAUGGACGCCUUCACAGUCAGUCUUGAGCACCUCGCCGAUGCUGUCCGCGCCCUCGACUUUGAGCCAGAUGAAGAAGAUGAGUUCUAUGAAGAGGUGGAAGAAGAUACAGGAGACACAGAACCCGAAAGGGUGGUGGCAGCCCCCCAGUAGGACACAGGAUGUCCAGGACAGAACCUGGGGACACACUGACGGGGCCGGCCAUCCAGCUCCAGUACAGGACACUUUUCUAUACGGGUGCCAAGAGGACUAUUCCGCACGUUUUAUAUGUUCCUUGUUUUGUAUAUAAUUGUAAUGGAGUUGUGUAUUUUGUACAGAAAACUGGUGCUCUGG